CACCUUACGGUUCAGGGCUUCCGUACUCUGGCAACUUCCUAUGAGAAACUUUAUUCCGCCUCUGUGACAUCGAAAACAAAGUAUUAUUUGCGUUUAAUAUGGCUUGUGAAGCAUCGCAGGAUGAUCAAAUUGGAGAAGUACUCUUAAUCGGGGUGGUAAAACAGGAGGUGAUGAACAUGGCAGUAGAGGGAAAUGCAGCCCCUCUGUCCCUUCCCGAAGCUCAGCCAAUAAGCAACCGCCAGGACCAGAAACUUGUUGAACAGUUGGCAGAGACCAUCAGAGUGAUUGGUGACAGGCUUGAUCAGGACACAGGAUUCAAUGACAUGAUUGAUGGUUUAGUUAAAGUGGCUGAUAAAAGCAGUUUCUGGAAUCUUGUGGAAAAAGUUUUCAGAGAUGACCAGAUCAACUGGGGAAGAAUUAUAGUGCUGUUUUACUCGGUUGGGAAACUGGCUGCAAAGAUGGUCCUUGCACGCUUACCCAGUAUUGUUUUAGAAAUUCUGAACUUAAGUCUGGAUUUCUUUAGGAGGCAUCUGUUGAAAUGGAUUCGCCAAAUGGGAGGAUGGAUAACCAGUAUCCCUGGAUUGGCCCGUUUCACCAUAGAGCGAUUUUCUAGUUCUUCAUGGAGCACUUAUUCUUCCUUUUUUAGAGCCAUGCUGACCUUCACCGGUGGUGUACUGUUAGGAGGACUGUUUGUUUGGAGAUUUAAAAAAAGCAGUUGAGGGAAAGAGAAUUGAGCAAACACAAGUUAACAAGACUUUAAGACUAUAACAUGGAUCUUUCAUGAUGUGGACAUAAGCUGGUCUGCAGCAUGCCUCUAUUUAUCAUAAUAUACCUUUAUUUUAUAUGCUUUUGUUUUAGUGGCCUUUUGUAUGAGCGACCUCAUGAAAUUGAGUUUUAUGCUUAUUUUUUAUGGACAAUCUUAUGGACUAUUGACUUUUUAGUUUGUUUGAAAUCUACCCUACACCUCACUUUCAGACUGGAUUGCCUCAAAGGAAAUGAACACCGCUGCACUCACUGAUGGUCUUUGCCAGGACUGCUACGUGUAGUCUUAAAUAGGCUGUUUGAUUCCCUGUCCAUUGUCGACGUCCAAUGGGGCUGGAGCACGUGGACUUUGAAUUCGAGUUGUGUUGGUGGAUUCAUUGAGGAUGUUCUGCUUUCUGUUGCCCAUCUUGGGCUGUUGGAGUUUUGCUAUUGGGCCUCGCCAGUUUCAGCAGAGAGCUCCCUGCUUGUUUGCAAGUUCAUGCAAUCAUCUUUCUUCCAAUAUGUUUUUGUUCUACUCAUCUCUGGAUUUACGGCAUUUGAAUUCCUCAGCCCUCCUGUCAGAUGGAGUUUAUAACUAUUGCGCUGCUCUUGGAAUUGCGCGUCGCCCCUGGUAUGUCCAUCGAGAGUCACGCCGACAUCCCUGCAGAUUACCGACUGAUUUCUCUGACAACCACCACAUACCGGCCAUAUGGUCUUUGUGCCGUCGCCCUCCGACUGGUGAAAGUGAUGUGAAGCAGGAUGUCAGUUUUGAUAAUCUCAGCUUGCUGAAACGUGAAUCUUUUAUUUCACCGCAAAACACAGAUGUCGCCACUAUUAAGAUGGCCCUCAUUAAUGCGUGAUCAGUAUCAAACAAAUCCUUUAUUCUGAAUUACUUUUUUAUAUCACGAUCAUUGGAUCUUUUAUUCAUCACUGAGACCUGGCUGAAUCCCGGCGAACAAAUGGCCCUGGGGGAUCUAACACCACCAGGCUGUGACUUUUUAAAUUCCCCACGGAAUUCAGGGCAAGGAGGUGGUGUUGCCACUGUUUAUAGAAGCUCUUUUAAAUGCAGAACACUACCUAUGGACAUGUAUUCCAGUUUUGAGGUCCAAUUAUUAAAGACUGACAUCUUGGGUCCUGCUUUCUGUGCACUUGUAUACAGGCCUCCCAGAUUUAAUAAGGAAUUCAUCCAACAAUUUUCUGAAUUUCUCUCUGGUGACAGACUCCUGAUUCUUGGAUAUUUUAAAAUGAAUGUAUGCUGUCCAUCAAAACCUCUGGAAAAUGAAUUUAUCUCCCUCACUAAGUCUUUAAAUUUUGUACAACAUGUCACUGGUCCUACUAACAAUAUGUGUCAUACAUUAGCUCUUGUGUUAUCUUAUGGUCUUUCUGUAUCCAACUUAGAGGUCUUAGAUAUUGGCAUUACUGACCAUUAUUCAAUAAUGUUUGAGUCUGUCUCUACUUGUCCUCUCCCUACUUUUUCUCAGCUCUUACGUCACUCCCGGUCCAUUCACUCGUCUACUGCCAAUCUUUUUUCAGAAUUUUAUCUAAUGUAUUUCACAGAUGAUGUCCUGGCUGCACUUGACACUGAAUCAUUGGUUGAAGCUUUUAAUAAAUCUUGUACUUUUACACUUGAUAAUCGUGCUCCGCUCAAGCCAAGGAGAAUUAUGGGUGUUUCACAGCCUUGACUAAAUGACGUCACCCGUGCUCUCAGACAAGACUGCAGAAAAGCUGAGCACAAUUGGAAAAGAGACAUGCUUCAGGUCUCUUAUGAUAUUUUAAAGGAAUGUUUAACUAACUAUCAGGGAGCUGUAAAGGAAGCAAAAGCUAUGUUUUUCUUUACAUUAAUCUCUGAUAAUGCAAAUCGACCAAAACUAUUGUUCAAAACAAUCCAUUCUGUUUUAAACCCAACUAGGGGUGGGCGAUUUUCCCAAAGAAUCAUAUCACGAUCUUAUAACACAUAAUCACGAUCCACGGUCUGAAUCACGAUCUUCCCAAUUUUGAGAUGUACUAUAGAGAAUAUCCAGACUGGAACAAGCCUAUGGAUUUAUCUAUUUGUACAAUUUAAAACACAACAUUGAAUUAAAGAAUCAGUUGUCAAAAUGGUCAUUAAAUGGCCUGAGUUUAACUUUAUUUUAAAUAUUAAAGUUGUAAUCAGCAGUCAAUAGAUAAAUAUUAAAUAACACAAGAUCUUAAAGUACUCGGAAAUUGCAGUAAUAAAAUAUAAACAACACAAAGAUGUGCACGUUUCAAAUUCUGAAAAAUAAACAUUCUGUUACUUCAAGUGGCAAUCAGCAGCCAAUAGAUAAUAUGACAUAAAAUAACAGAUUUUUCAAGUACUCAGAACUCAAAUGUAAAAAAUGUAUGUAAAAAAAUAUUCAGACUGUUUCACAGUUACAUUUUAACACCACUGCACUGCUAUUGAAAUUAACAGAAAUAUAAUAAAACUGGAAGAGUUUAACAAAGACUUAACAGGAAUGAUGAGGUAGAAAAGGGUGUAGAAUCAAAUGUCAGAUAUCAAUACCUUUCAUUCUGAAUAUAAAUUCAAAAGGUACAAACAACUUCACUAUGCUAUCACAACUAAAAUUUUUGCAGCAAUUUUGUUACAUUUCCUAAACAUGGAAGAUUAGGUUGACCCCUCUUUGUGAUAUUCUGGUUGGACAGAAUUACAGAUUUUUUGCAAGGAAAAUCAAUUGAUCCACUUUAUGGAGUUUCAGAGUAGCUCUUUGGCACGUGACAAUGUUGCCACCUGUGCUAAAUAGUCUUUCUGAUGGUGCACUGGUUGCUGGGAUACGAAGAUACUUUUUUUGCCAGGUGUGCAACCCGUGGAAAGUUUGUCUGGUGCGUUUUCCACCAUUCCAAAGGAUCCAACUCGCUGUCAGCUUCAGGUAUUGAGAGGUAUGAUGCUAGUUCUGCCUCAAUUAACUCUUUCAAAGCAGGUGCCAAAGUUGGGCCCGUGGCUGCUGAGGUACUGGGUACUUCGAGAAGGCUACCUAGAGUUUGGGUCUUUUUUUUUUUUUUUUUGUGGCUGGCCCCUCAGAUUCUGUGCUUUGUGAUGCAACAGACACUAUUGGUUGAGAUGUUGCCGACAGAAGGACUUCCAGCUCAGUAAUAGCUAGAGAUUUCAUGUGCUCUUUUUUUUUUUUUUUUCUUUCUUCAUUCACGUAGUGCAGCUUAAAUCUUGGGUCAAGAAGAGAUGCCAUGUCCAGGAGGUCAUCUGUUGUCGGGUCACUGUACUUUUCACUGAGGUACUGGGUGAUGGUUUCCUUUUAUCCUCUUUGUUAAGUUAGUGUCCUCAGCAUCCACACUCAAGAUAUACAUUUUCAGAAGAUGCAACACAGGCUUUAAGUAAGAAACACUCACGUAGUCCUCACCUGACAGUGCAUCUGUGAAAUCUUUGAGUGGGCUGAGGGCCUUCUUCACCGACUCCAAAACAUCAAUAUCCUGCCAUGUUUGCGCAAAGUGUCUUGCUUUCUUGUCAGCUUUCAAAACCUGUGAAAUGGCAGCUUCCUGUUCAAGGACUCUUUCAAACAUCUUGAGUCGGGACCCCCAUCGUGUCAGCUGAUCUUGACGUCUUCAAGAUCGAUCACGAUAUAAAAUCGUCAAAUCGCCCACCUCUAAACCCAACUAGAAAUGAUUUUCUGGACGCCACCCAAGAGACCUGUGAAACAUUUGUAAACUUCUUUACUCAAAAAAUUGGGCAGAUUAAAGGUGCGAUUGUACCUUCACAAUUUGAUCAACCACUAAUUCCUUCCCUGUCCAGCUCCCUGACUCACUUUGAACCAGUUACAUCAGCACAGUUAGCAGAUGUAGUCUCUAUGAUGAAGUGUUCCAGUUACAAGCUGGAUAUUCUCUCUCCGCGCCUUGUUAAAGAAGUUUUCAUGACUAUCAGUUCCAGUGUGACAGCUAUAAUUAACAGCUCAUUAGCAAGUGGAGUUGUUCCAAGUAGUUUUAAACAUGCAAUUCUACAUCCUUUGUUAAAAAAAAAACUUUUUGAUCUGGCAAUACACAACAAUUACAGAACAAUCUCCAAACUGCCUUUUAUUUCCAAGAUUUUAGAGAGAGUUCUACUCCUAUCUAAAUACAUUUAACAUUUUAGAUAUAUUUCAGUGUGGUUUCAGACCCUUGCACAGCACUGAAUCUGCAUUGUUGAAGGUCACCAAUUAUAUUUUUUCUCUCCAUGGACUUAGGUUCACCUGUCGUCUUAGUGUCGAACGUGGCACUGAGAUCUAAUAAACUAUCGACCAUAAUAUUCUUCUCAAUUGUUUAGAAUGUAUGGUUGGCAUCCAGGGUAUGGCCCUCCAGUAGUUUUCUUCCUAUCUAAAAGACGUUCUCUGUAAAUUUAGGUAAUUUUUCUUUACGUCGGCUCAAUUACAGUGUGGUGUCCCUUAAGGGUCGAUUUUAGGACCCUUAUUAUUUUCCCUGUAUAUGCUUCCUCUGAGCUCUCAGAAGCACAGCAUUUCAUAUCACUGUUAUGCUGACGAUUCCCAGUUUUAUUUCCUAGUGAGUGUAGACAAGAAUUGUUCAUCUGAGAAUACCCUAAAUUGCUUCAGAGAUAUUAAACAUUGAAUGGCAAACAAUUUCUUACAAUUAAAUGAAAGCAGAACCAAAGUUCUGAUUUUAAGUUCCUCCAUGUCCUCCUUACCUGGCCUGGUUGCCCAGUUAGGUCCUCUGUCUUCAAAUGUACAAGAUCAUGUGAGGAGACUUGGAGUGAUUUUAGACUCCUCUAUAUUUUUCAAUAAGCAGAUCAGUGCUGUUGUCAAGGGUUGCUUUUUCCACCUGAGAUCUAUUGCUAAAAUAAACAUUUUCUUUCCCAUAAAGACUUGGAAAUUGUGACCCACUCACUUAUUACAUCAAGGUUAGACUAUUGUAACUCGUACAUUGGUCUGCCCCAAACUGCGUUAUCCCGCCUACAGCUAGUUCAAAACGCGGCAGCUGGGCUUUUAACAGGAUCAAGACAGAGAGAUUAAAUUUCCCCGGUUUUAGCAUCUCUACACUGGCUUCCUGUGAAAUUCAGGGUCAGUUUUAAAAUUCAAAUUUUUGUCUACAAGGCACUAUCUGGUCUCGCACCCCAAUAUAUCAGUGACCUUCUACACCCUUACACACCCACCAGAGUGCUCAGGUCUUCUGAUCAACUUCUAUUGAGGGUUCCUCGUUGCCGCUAUAGAUCUAAGGGUGUCCCGUGCCUUUUCUGUGAUAAGUCCUAAUCUAUGGAAUAGUCUCCCUUUCCAUGUGAGGUCAGCUUCAUCAUUAGCCAUUUUUAAAUCUUCUUAAAAACAUGUUUUUAUUCUGUAGCUUUUGAAUAGAUCAUUGAGUAGUUUGAAAUGGAUAAAUAAAUGAUGUUGCAUUUAAAUGUUUUUAUUUAUUUUAUUAUGUUUUAUAUUUAACUUUAAAUCAAUCUGUUUAUACAUCACUCUGUCAUUUUGUUUGUUUGAUCUGUAAAGCACUUUGGGACUUCUGCUGUUUUUAAAUGUGCUCUAUAAAUAAAGGUUGACUUGGCUUGA